AUGCAGUGUUUAUUGAUAUUUGAUCAGUUAAAUGAUAUUUUAUUUUGUAAAUGUAAUAAAAAAUUCAUAAAGCAUGCAGUUAAAGUAGCCAAAAAUCAGGGAUUGUUACAGGAUAACGAUUUGGAAAAUUCAAAACAGUCAAAAUUAACAUCGAAUGUUGUCAUACAGUUAUUUUCACCAAUAAUAGCAUCACAGAGAUUGAUGACUUGUCAAUUUGGAAAUUCAUAUUCUUCGAUACAGUGCGAAGAUAAUGUUAAUUUGGUGUUCAACGAAUACAUGGGUUAUUUAUUUGUACACAUAGGAACACAUUCUGUGGAACUUUUACACAGGAGUUUAGGAAUUUGCAUAACAUUUGUCAAACAUUUAUGUGGACCAAACAUUCCGAUUCUCAAAACAAACGAAUCGAAAACAAAUUUGCUCUCUAAACUUCUAGACACAUGGUUUCAUCUGAGAGAAAAAGAUCAAUCUGUUUUAGUAGAGGCAGUCGAACAACUCCUUGUUAACAAUGAAUUAAGUGUAACAACUUUAAAAACUCUACAGGAUGCUGUGAAUAAAUUACAACAGCAAACAUCUUUUUCUAAAAUUCACGGGCUUUUGCUAGUUAAUAAUAAAUUUGUUUCAUUGUAUUCUAGUCGUAGUGCAGAAGAUCUCAUUCCAUCGGAUAUAAUUUUUUUAGGAAUAUUAGUCGAGAGUUAUGGUUUAUCAAAUAAAUCAUGCAAGCAAGAAAAAUUCAUAAAUGAACUCUCUUACAAUUUCCACGCGAACGAAAAUCAAACAAAUGGAAAACAACAGCAUUUAAAUAAUGAUGACGUCAAUAAUGUACACAGUCACGUAAUAUUAAUGUCGGAAAAUCGUCCUUAUGCCGUACACGUGUGUCGUUUAGAUGAAAACGUUUAUUUUUUAUUACUUUUUGAAAUCGGAAGUAAUUCAAUAUCGAUGGGUUUAAACGAUGCAUUUUCCGCAUUGAACGCUUUGCAAAAUUUACAAUUACAAAAAGACAUGGAAGGUGUGAGACACGCGUUCGAUUUUUUAGAUUCCGUGCUACAGAAAAACAUUCAAACCAUUUGGAGUUUCAUAAAGAAAAAAUACACGGAAUUUAUUAAAUAUCCCGAUUCGGAAUGCGUUAUACAAAUCGAAUCGAGCACUUCGAGAUUUCUCGAUUGUCUCAAACAAUUAUUGGAAAUAACGUGUUUGGACGAAUCCGUUUUACAUAAUAACAGAGCCGUGAUUGAGGGAAUUUGCGAAACGGCCAAAACGAAACUCAAAGAUUUUAGCGAAUUUUUAAAAGUCAAAGCGCUUAGAAAUUUCACUCUCACGUCGAGAGCUUCCCUAACGAUAAAUAAAUACCUGGAAGAAUUUCCCGGACUCGUACAUUUCAUUUACAUAGAUCGUCAUUUGCACAGGUUGACGGCUCCCACGUUGAAUUUCACAUACGAGGAAACGGCCGUUUUGACGAAGAAACAACUUUGGUCAAUGGUAGAUUAUUCGAGAUCGCAAUUACGAGACGGUCAUUUUUCAAUCAUGUGGAAAGACACGACUUUCAAUUACGCGUAUUUUCUAUGGUUCGAAAAACCCUCGGGAUCUCCUCUCAAACCCAAAAUAUAUCCGACAUCUUUGAUAAAAAAUUUCUCCCCCCCAGGAAUAUUGAUAGAAGAUUUUUACAAGAGAUUAAUCGAAGCUUGCUUUCCGAAAAUGUCUUCGCGUGACGUGAGGUGUUACGAAUUAUUUUGCAUACAUUUGGGUUUGGCAACGUCCUCGUGCGUUUUAGAACAUUCUAGAAGAUUAGCGGCAACCAUAUGGGAAGUCACGGGUCUUCCCGUUAAUCCGGUUGAUUUUCUUUAA